AUGACCGAUAGCCGUGAGAUGGCAUGGUGCAAAGGUUGCGGCAAGUUCAUGAAGGCAAUGGCGAACUCGACGCUUAAAAACACACCGACCGUCAUUGUACGGUUACAAAGGCUACGGCGAAGAAAAGUGAAGUCGGUGAAGCAUCCGGAACCGGUUCUCUAUCUACACAUGAUUAGGCUUAAUAACGAAAUGCCCACCGACGAAGAUCAUAUUGUUAUCAGGCGUCAAAUUCUUUCGGAAACAAACACCGAUUAUGCACAGGAGUCUAAUAUAUGGAGAAAUCCUGUAAGCGAUGAACACCAUGGAUGCAUUGAUCGUUUAACUAACGAAACAAGAAAUCGAAGUGCUCCAACGAAUGGUUAUAUCCUAGUUCAAGCAAAUGGUGGGUUGAACCAAAUGAAAAUGGGGAUAAGUGACAUGGUAGCAAUUGCAAAACUCAUGGAUGCUACAUUGGUUCUUCCAACUUUAGAUCACAAAUCAUUUUGGACUGAUCCAAGUGAUUUUAAAGAUAUAUUUGACGUCAAGCAUUUCAAGACGACCCUCCAAGAUGACAUUGAUAUAGUCGAAUCUCUUCCAUCACAUCUUGCAGAAGUCGAACCCCACCAAAAGGAUCCGAUUUCAUGGUCAAAGCCCAGUUACUACCAAGGUGAGAUUCUUUCACUACUGAAGCAACACAAAGUGGUCAACUUUCUUCAUACUGAUUCGCGGCUCGCUAACAAUGACAUCCCGGAUUCCAUCCAAAAGAUCAGGUGUCGAACCAUGUAUGAGGCUCUAAAAGGCAUAAACAAGAUUAAUGAGCUUGCAAGAAAGCUAGUUAGUAGACUAAAACAAAACAAUGACCAUUAUCUUGCUCUCCAUUUGAGAUACGAAAAGGAUAUUCUAGCUUUCACCGGCUGCACACAUGACCUCUCACAAAAAGAGGCCGACGAGAUUACAUCACUGAGAUACAGUGUAAAGCAUUGGAAGGUAAAAAAGAUCAAAAGCACACAAAAACGAGAACAAGGAAACUGUCCUAUGACCCCUCGUGAAGCCGCUAUAUUUCUCCAAGCUAUGGGGUUUCCUUCGAGUACAAAGAUUUAUAUAGUUGCGGGUGAGAUCUAUGGAGAGCACGGGCUUGACGAAUUUAAGGAAAAGUAUAUGAAUGUUUAUACGCAUUCGACUUUAGCAACUGAAGAUGAAUUGAAGCCUUUUAAAGACUUGCAAAAUCAGCUUGCCGCAUUAGAUUACGCAUUAGCACUUGCGAGCGAUGUUUUUGUGUAUACUUAUGAUGGGAACAUGGCUAAGGCUAUCUGUGGCCAUCGGAUGUUUAAAGGGUUUCGGAAAACAAUAUAUCCCCACAAAAGAAAGUUUGUGAAGAUGCUGGAUGAAUUGGACAACGGGCGUUUGACUUGGGACGAGUUCGCGUUGCAAGUCAAGAAAGUGCAUGCAAAUAGAACAAGCAGACCGAGGCGUAGACUGGGUGGAGUUAAGCCAAAACGCGAGGAGAACUUUUAUGCUAAUCCAUACCCUGGUUGUAUAUGUGAGAAUAGAUAG